AUGCGUAUCAUGCGUACGCUGUACGUCCCACUAUUUCGAUGAACAUUCGUAACACCAGUCUCGAGAAUCAUUCAAAUUGAGAGGCAUCGCGAUAUUCUACGUAAUUAAAAUGAUCUUGUAUUUCGGAUUUUUGUUUCUACCAAAAAUUAGUGUCUACUGCUUUCUGAAGCACGAAAUUGUGAUCAUCGAGUGCGCACAUUACGAGUAUCUGAAUACGUAAUCUGAUUUUCUAUAUAAAAAUCGGUCCAUUUUGCCAUAAUCUGCAUCUCUAGAACACUACACUUUCAUCACUUAAUGAAUCUAUAAGUGGAUUUGUAGAUUUCAGUAAAUUAAUCAAAAAUUUAUAGUUUAUAAGUGACUUGUGUGCUGGAUCAUGGAAGCGGUCAAAGUGAUAACCAGGGUCAGGCCACUCAGUCAGCGUGACAUGGACAUGCACAACAAGAGCAUCGUAACGGUGGAUAAGAACAGCCGGGAAGUGCUGGUGGCCGGCGCUAAUGGCAAGGAUGGGGAGCUGCGGCGAUUUGCUUAUGACGGGGUGUACGGUCCCCAGGAUACCACGGCCAGUAUCUUUACCGAGAGCAUCGUGGACCUCCUCGAUGGCGCUUUGAAUGGCUAUAACUGCACCGUUUUCGCGUACGGCCAAACCGGCAGUGGCAAGACCUACACCAUGCACGGGCAGGAACAGACGGGGGCGGAGGAAGGUAUAGUGUUUCGUGCCAUCGAUUACAUCUUCGGACAGAUGGACCAGCAGGCAGACGGCUGCCGCUCCCUGGUGUACUGCAGUUUUCUGGAGAUCUACAUGGAGGAAUUCCGUGACCUUCUGAAACCCGGCCACCAUCCGCGAAGCACCCCGACAGCGGGAAAUCCCGUUUAUCAUUGCAUGAAGCUAAAGAUCGGUCGCCGUAUGUCGAAGAAAGGGUUAUGCGCGCGCCAACAAGCGGCGACGAAGAUGAACACGGACAGUUCCCGGAGUCACGCCAUCUUCACCAUCACUGUGGAGGUCUCCCGGCUGGUGAAUGGGGUCAGUCAUAUCACCAUGGCUAAGGUGAAUUUUGUGGAUCUGGCGGGGAGCGAGCGGCAGGCCAAAGCCGACGCUAUACGAGACCGGCAGAACGAAGCCAUCCGCAUCAACCUCUCGUUAUCCACCCUGGGUCGCGUCAUCCAAGCCCUAACCGACGGCAAGUCCACCCACAUCCCCUACCGCGACUCCAAACUAACUCGCCUUCUGGAGACCUCCUUGGGCGGGAACGCCAAGACCGUCAUGAUCAGCUGUAUCUCCCCGGUGGACGACAACCGCGAGGAGUCCCUUAGCACCCUCUCCUACGCCAGCCGCGCUAAAGCCAUCCGUAACCAGCCGGUAGUUAACACCGAUCCGCAGACCGCCCUCAUCCGGCAGUAUCUCGACCAUAUCCGCCGGUUGGAAAACCAGAUCGCCCGCAUCCCGGUGAAUGAUGAGGAGCGGCAGCGGGAGAUUGCUGCGAUUAAGGAGGAACAUCACGAAGCGAUGCGCCGGUUGGAGAAGGAGCAGGAGGCGACGCUGGAGCGGUUCGCGCGGCAGAUGCGGGAGGCGAAUGAGGAGGAGAAGCAGCGGUUGGUUCGGCAGAAGGAGGAGGAGCUGGAUCGGAUCUAUAAGGAGGUGCUGCAGCGGGAGCGGGAGGAGUGGAAGCGGCUGGAGAUGGAGAAGGUCGAGGAGCUGAAGCGAAUGGAGGGGAAGCUGACGAAGGCGGCGGAGGAAGAGAAGCGGCGGAUACAGAUGGAGUUCGCGCAGGAGAUGAAGCGGUUUAAAGAAGAAACUGAAGCAAAUGUCCAAUCGCAAAAGCUAGAACUGGAAGCACAGCAACGCCGGGAUCUUGAUAUGUACAGAAAAACAUUACAAGAGCAAACUGAUCAGCAGCGCGAUGAUUCCAUUGACCAAGCGAAGAACCAUUUCGAUAAAGAACUGCAAACCAAAUUGGCCGAACUAGAGGAACGUCAUAAAGGUCAAGUAGAAGAAAUCAGAUGCCAGUUAAAAGCGCAAUACACCGCCGAUCUGAAGAAGUAUCAAGAUGAAAAAGAGGCUCAGAUACAACGCUUACACGAGGAAAAUAUUUCCAAGACACGCCAGCUUUUGGAUGAACUGUUGAAUAAACAAGAGAGAGAACUACAACGUUUGAUGGAGAACCACGGGAAAUUAAAAGAACGUUUAGAAAAAGAGCAAAACGUUAAUUUCCAGAAAAGAAUAUCCAGCUUGGAGCAACAAAAUAAACAAGAACAUGCCGUUAUGGAAAAGCGAUAUAUUAAGCGGAUUGAAGAGUUAAGAAAAGGUCAUGAACGUGAAGUUGAAAACCUCCGCCUGGAAUCAACUGAUAAUCAAGCUAAAGUUGUUAAAAAGCUGGAAAUCUUGCAUUUGAAGGAAAUAACAGAUUUAAGUAACGGCCACGUGGAGGAGGUUGAACGGUUAAAAAAUGGGCAUGUGCUGCAAAUAGAAAGCAUUUAUCUGGAAAACGAGGCAAAACUCGCAUCAGUAAAACGGUAUUCAGCGGAAAAUCUGCAGAAACUAGAAAACGAGCAUCGAAACCGGAUCGAACAAGCCAAAGACUUAUUAACCAGAGAGUACGAGCGAAAGAUCGAAACGCUGAACGCGGAACUGGAAGAGCAGCGAGUUCAAAAUUCGAACCGCGAAACCGAAUACACCAACGAAAUCGCCGAAUUGCGCUCGGAUUAUCAACAAGAAAUCAGCGCACUGCAGCGCGCCAAUAAAGAUUGCAAACAACAGAUCCUUCGCUUAGAAAGCGAUUUGAUUAAGCUGGAAAAAGAAAAGGUCAAGGGCAGUCAGCAAUCCGUUCAGUGCGAGCAGUUACAGAAAGAACUGCAGACUAGUCAGGAGCUAUUGGCCGAUCAACGACAGAAGGUCGCCGAGAUGGAAGACGAGAUUCAGAAGCUGCGGGAAGAGCGGUAUUUUGCGCUGGAUGGUAAAGCGUUUGUGGAGCAGCAGAUGCGGGAGUUGAAUAAGGUGCGGACAAUGGAAAUACCGCGGGAAGGGAAGAACGGGAUGCUGUCGGCGAUGGAGAGUAGGAAUCUGCGCACUCCGCAUGGGCGGGUCCCUAGCGGGAACGGUGGGAGUGGGAUGCUGCAGCUUUCGGUAUCCGGAAGGAAACUAGCUGACAGAAGUCUUGUGUGUCACAGUAGAGCAUCCGCAGCUUCUGUUGAUUCACCAAAGCCUGAUCGUAUAGCGGCGCCAAAACGACCAACAAGUGCUCGACGAGAAGCUCUAAUCAAGGCGGUUGCCGGUAUCAACGCGGAGUCCUUACUGCAAGCGGCGCACCACGAAUACGAAGAGCAGCUGAACGAGUGCAUCCAGCAUAUCCACGAUAAGGAAACGGAGAUAGACUGCCUGCAAAAUCGGCUGCAUGAAGAAUCUCGCCACACCCAGAAAGAACUCGAUGGUAUCCAGCAUGAAAAUUUAAAGCAUCAGCAACUGGCGCAGCUGUACCGGCAGAUUGUCAAUACGGUGCUACCGCACCUUCCGGAAUGUAACUACCGCAAUCUCCAUGAUGUCGUGCAAGCGGCCACGUGGAACGAUAUUGCCGGGAAAUGGCAGUUGCCCGCGGUGGAAGUGGCGGUUUCGGGGAGGUGCGAUAUUAGUCUGGAUUUACGACCCGUGUCCCGACGGUCGGGACGAAGCAGUUCGUUGGUGCGACAGACAGCGCAUGGUGAUCUGGACGAGGAAGUUGUAACAGGACGCGGUAGUGCCUUUGAGUUUGAUCCGUGUCCCAGUGUACAGUUGCCGCGGCCGUUAAGCUGUCGGCGCAGGAUAUCCGUGGCCCGCACACCGGUUCGGGGAUACAUGCAGCCCUUACGGUCCAUGAUAAUUGAAUAAGGCAGUGCAAGUUACGUAAAUAUCAGUAGAAACCUGGAUCUUUUUAUACGUUUAUGCCGAUCAAAUGGCUGUCUUUGUUGUAUCAUACUCUAUUACAUUACCUGUAAUUGGAACGCAUUCGAUGACUGGAAUGGCUAAAUUGUUAAUUGCAGUGUAAACAUGUGGUGAAGGUGUCGAAUCUCGAUAACUGGUGCUUGUAGCGAAUUUCAUGCUAGAAUGUUGGACAGAAAU